CGCCCUUCACAAAUAUGGGGAGCAACGGCUGUGGGGGACACUAGGAUGGGGCAUCUCCGCAGUGGCUGGCGGGGCUCUGGUCGACUGGUAUUCCAGGGGAAUGUUGAAACCAGACUACGCUCCGGCCUACUCGAUUGCCGUAGUUUUCUUAACAAUAGACCUGGUGAUUGUGGGACGCCUGCGCUUCAGCAUCACGCCAGUGAAGAUGGACCCUAAGAAGGUCCGAGGAAUUUUCAAGAUACCUGCUGUCCUUCUGGUUCUGAUUACGACGGUAGUGGUUGGUGCUUCAUGCGGAAUGAUUUGGACAUUUCAACUCCUCUUGGUGGAGGAUGUGGCAAAGAUGUGGGACUCAAACUUCCCUUUUACAAAGCUCCUGCAAGGAAUCCUCGUCUUUGUUCAGUGCUUACUCAGUGAGAUGCCAUUCUUCUACCUGGCAGGUCACAUCAUAGCAAAAAUUGGUCACUUCUACUCCUUCUUCUUGGCACUUCUCGCAUUCUGCGUCCGUCUUUGCUUCUACUAUACUGUGACCAAUCCGUGGUGGUUUAUACCAAUUGAACUCGUCCAUGGGAUGUCAUUUGGACUUGCAUAUGCAACCAUGGCCUCCUAUGCAAACAGCAUCACUCCCAAAGGAGCAGAAGCAACAACUCAGGCCAUCUUCGGAGCUGCUUUCUUUGGAGGUACUGGAGUAGGAGGUCUUGUGGGGGGAUGGCUAUUUGAAAUAAUGACUGGUUGGAAAGCUUUCCUUACUGCAGGAAUUGCAAAUGGAAUCUAUGCCUUAAUCUUUCUGGCAAUUCACUUGCUCAUUUCUCAAUCCACGAAGAGUCAGCAUGUAAGAGGGAGGAAAGAAGGUAAACCAAAUGAAUCGGCAGCUGAAGAAGAAAUGGAGAAGCUGCAAGGAGUUAACAAUAUCACUUGAUGAGAGGAUACUUGUAGCUUCUACAACAGUGAAGUCUAUUCAAGGGAAGUUACCAGAAAUCGCUCUACAUUUCUUGUAACAUACUUAAAUGCCCUUAACGGUGAUCUUUAAGCAAUGGUGAAUCUCUUAAAAAAUGAACCAAAGAAUUUGGGAUGAUCUGCAGAGAAGCAACACUGUCUUCUCAUCAACAAAGAUCCUGGAUUUAAGGGAGCUUUCACAUCCCACCAGUCUCACUUACUGAAUAAAGAAUGCCUGUUUGUAUAAAAGGCAACUAUUUUGAGAUAAUUAUCCGUAUGUAAAUGGAUCUCAUGAAACACGUGUUAUCUAGAUGUUAUUUUUGCAUAUAUUAUACAUAUAUUAUUUAUGACAUUUACUUAAUAAAAUAAAAGUA